GGGGCGCUCCGCUUUGCUGCGCUGCGCUCCGGAGCGGAACGUCCCGUCGGUGUCCGCGGAUCGGCGCUCGCCAUGGUGGUCACGUUGGGUUAUUGGGACAUCCGCGGGUUGGCCCACGCCAUCCGCCUGCUGCUGGAGUACACCGAGACCCCCUACCAGGAGCGGCGGUACAAAGCCGGGCCAGCCCCCGACUUCGACCCGAGCGAUUGGACCAAUGAGAAGGAGAAGCUGGGCCUCGACUUCCCCAACCUGCCCUAUCUCAUUGAUGGCGACGUCAAACUGACCCAGAGCAACGCCAUCCUGCGCUACAUCGCCCGCAAGCACAACAUGUGUGGGGAGACGGAGGUGGAGAAGCAGCGCGUGGACGUGUUGGAGAACCACCUGAUGGAUCUGCGCAUGGCCUUCGCGCGGCUCUGCUACAGCCCCGACUUCGAGAAGCUGAAGCCGGCGUACCUGGAGCAGCUGCCAGGGAAACUGAGGCAGUUGUCGCGCUUCCUGGGCUCCCGGUCCUGGUUUGUGGGGGACAAGCUCACCUUCGUGGACUUCCUGGCUUACGAUGUGCUGGACCAGCAGCGCAUGUUCGUCCCCGACUGCCCCGAGCUGCAGGGCAACCUGAGCCAAUUCCUGCAGCGCUUCGAGGCCCUGGAGAAGAUCUCUGCCUAUAUGCGCUCGGGGCGCUUUAUGAAGGCCCCCAUUUUCUGGUACACGGCGCUGUGGAACAACAAGAAAGAGUGAGGGGGGUGGGAAGAUGGACCCCCCCCCAUCCCCGUCCCCCCCCCAUCCCCAUUCCUCUGCAGAAUAAAGCUGAGGGUCUGCGCUGC